AUGCACUUUGCACCUCUCCUUGUAACAUCUCUCUUUGCUGGCAAUGCUCUCGCACAUCCAGGCCACGAUGUGCAAGCCGAGAUAGCUGAACGAGCAGCAUUUAUGCAGACCAGCAAGAGGGAUCUUAGUCAUUGCGCAGCAAAGAUGAAGGCCCGUGGCAUUGAAAAGCGGUCUAUUUCUCGACGCGCAGCGUCAGCUGAAAUGCUCCGGAUGAAGAGAAACAUCGCCAGCAACGCUCCUUACUACAAGGCCCGUGAUGUAGGAACUGUUCUAAGCACCUCACAUCUGUCAAGCGAAGCCUAUAGUAUUACCACGGAUGAAGCUAUCCUAUUUGCCGGAAACAACUCAUGUGUGCUGUCACCAGAGGUCACGCAAGGCCCGUACUAUGUUUCAGGAGAAUACGUCCGAGAAAAUGUUGUUGAGGAGCAAAAAGGUGUUGAGCUUGUUCUUGACACCCAAGUUAUUGAUAUGGCUACUUGCGACCCUGUCCCUGAUGCAAUGAUUGAGAUCUGGCAUUGUAACUCUACGGGCGUAUACUCUGGUAUUGUGGCGCAAGGGAAUGGGGUUGGCACUUCAGAUCCGUCCAAUCUCAACAACACCUUCCUCAGAGGGCUUCAACCAACAGACGCGGAGGGGGUUGCUCAAUUCACCACUCUGUUUCCAGGCCAUUACACCGGUCGAGCAGCGCACAUUCAUAUAUUGGCCCACUUCAACGGCACAAUCUUUCCAAACGGAACUUACGGUGGAGGAUAUGUCUCGCACGUUGGUCAGGUAUUCUUCGACCAAGAUCUGAUUACGCAGGUGGAAGCGGUAUCUCCUUACAGCACUAAUACUCAACCUCUCACUUUAAACUCGGAGGAUAAUAUUUUUAGUUCCGAGGCUGCCUCGUCUGACCCUGUUAUUGAAUACUCUCUCGUUGGAGAUGAUGUCAGUUCUGGCAUAUUUGGAUGGAUUGCUUUUGGAAUUGAUUUGACGAAUGAGUUUUCUGUCUCUGCAGCUGCUUCUCUGUAUGCAGAGGGGGGCGUUGAGAAUCCUUCUUCUGGUGGUCCUGGUGGUCCUGGUAUGGGCGGGCCUCCAAAUGGCACCGCUCCCCCCAACGGAACUGGCCCUGUGUAA